GACGGCGUCUUCAAUUACAAUAACAGGGCCUUCAACGAAGCUUGCCCUUGUUAAUGGAACGAAGAGAUCAUCAAUCUUCACAAGGUCUGAUUGUCUGAUUUCUCGUUUUUUUCUACUUCUUGAUGAUCAAAACUGAAGCUGGUGAUCUUCAAUUCUCUCCCUUUACAGCUGAGACGGCUCGUAUUCUUGUUGAAUUCCUUGAAGUCGCCAUCAGUUCCAUUGUUUUCCUCAAAGGAGUUUACCCUCCUGGUGCAUUUGAGAGGAGGCGUUAUAUGAACGUUGUGGUCCAGAGGACUCGACACCCUCAACUCAGAGAAUACAUCCAUUCAGCAGUUACUGGACUUCUUCCCUUUAUCCAGAAGGGAUUAGUGGAGAGAGUAGCAGUUAUAUUCUUCAAUAAUGAAAAUGUUCCAGCUGAGAGAUUUAUAUUCAAGCUUACAAUUAAUCAAUCAUAUGGACAGAAGGUGGAAGAAGCUAAUUUUGAGUUCUCACUUAGGUCAUUCCUAAUCAAGCUUUCAGUUUCUGAACCACUUACCAAGACUCUUCCAAGAGAUUGCAGGUGGGAAAUAACAGCUUACUUCCGUUCUCUGCCUCAAGCUAGCUCAAGCAAGGAAGCAGAAUCGUGGAUUCCAACAGACACAAAACAAUGGCAACAGCCUCCACUAAUAAGCCCAAUCAAGUCGAUGACCAGUGAACCUCUGACUCUGCAAUUAUAUGUAGAGCAUCCAAGUUUGUCUGAACCAACAACUCAGUAGAAUAUGGGACCUAGCAAACGGAACUUGGAUAUUAUCAUUAUUCAUGUAAAAUACCAAACUGGCAUGUAACUGUCAAGAACUAUUUUUGGUUCCAAGGUGUAUUUUAGCCAACAUAAAAAACUAAUAUGAUGUCAAAAGGAGAGAAGAAAAACAAAGAGCUCAAUAUGAUUCAAUAUAGAUUUGAAGAGAGUUUCUACUUCUGUAUUUUAUAUUGGCCUUCUAAGAAUCAGCCAAGCAUUAUAGAUUCCCACUGAAACUUAGAUUGUUUGGCCAUAUUAUGGUCAUCUUACCCAAAAUUUUACUUUAUCAAUGACUCAAGUGAGAAGUUUCUAGUUAUAAAAGCAUGGAAUGAAGAGAUUCCCGGCAUCUUAA